CUAACACUCAUCUCGUCAGGCAAUCGAGACUCUUUCUUUCCGUACUUUCUUUAUCAUAUAAUCUACAAAUACACUGAGAAGCAUCAAUUGAGGGAUUGAAACAUGAACUUUGCCGCUCGGACGGCGCCUAGGAAAGGAGAGAAUUAUGAGCUCAGGGCCGAUCUGAAUAGCGAAUACAAAGAAAAGCGCAAAGAUGCUAUAAAGCGAGUGAUCGCAAAUAUGACAGUCGGGAAAGAUGUCAGCGGUCUUUUUCCAGAUGUGCUCAAAAAUAUGCAAACAGAAGACCUAGAGCAGAAGAAGCUAGUGUAUCUCUAUCUAAUGAAUUACGCCAAAACACAACCAGAGCUAGUCAUUCUAGCUGUCAAUACUUUCGUUAAGGAUACCGACGACUCUAAUCCACUUGUUCGUGCACUGGCGAUCCGAACGAUGGGCUGUCUGCGUGCAGAAAAGAUCAUCGAUUACCUAUGUGACCCGCUCCAGAAGUGUUUACGGGAUGAGAAUCCGUACGUGCGCAAGACGGCCGCACUGUGCGUUGCAAAACUCUACGACCUAAAGCCGGAAUUGGUUAUGGACAAUGGAUUUUUGGAGCAGCUGCAAGAUAUGGUAUCUGACAGUAAUCCGAUGGUUGUCGCAAACGCCGUAACUGCGUUAACAGACAUCCAUGUCACCGCCUCGUCACUUCCGCCGUCUCCGGAGUUAGAGAAAGCCCUCUUUACGAUAACGCCAAACACAUUACAGAAGCUUCUCAUUGCCCUCAAUGAAUGCUCAGAAUGGGGUAGGGUGGCAAUCUUGACUGCAUUGGCUCGCUACAAGACGCAGGACGAUCAGGAGAGUGAGCACAUCUGUGAGCGUGUCAUCCCACAGUUCCAGCAUGUGAAUGGCAGUGUAGUGCUCGCCGCAGUCAAGGUUGUCAUGAUUCAUAUGCGACAUGUGCGGCGGGAAGACCUCAACAGGCAAUUUGUUCGUAAGAUGGCCCCGCCUCUCGUAACGCUCCUUUCCUCGCCUCCCGAAAUUCAAUGGGUUGCCCUCCGGAACAUCAAUCUCCUAUUGCAGAAACGCUCGGACAUCCUCUCAAACGAGAUGCGUGUCUUCUUUUGCAAGUACAACGACCCAUUGUACGUGAAAGUGGAGAAACUGGACAUCAUGGUCCGAUUGGCUGGCGAAAGCAACGUGGAUACUCUGCUCAGUGAACUCAAAGAAUAUGCGUCCGAGGUGGAUGUCGACUUUGUCCGAAAGAGUAUACGUGCAAUUGGUCAGACCGCUAUCAAGAUUGAGUCAGCCGCGGAACGUUGUGUAAACGUGCUCCUUGAACUGAUAUCAACACGGGUAAGCUACGUUGUGCAGGAGGCUGUUGUCGUAAUGAAGGAUAUUUUCCGCAAGUAUCCCUCUACGUACGAGGGCGUCAUUCCCACGCUAUGUGCAAACCUGGAUGAACUCGACGAGCCUGAAGCGAAGGCUUCUCUCAUUUGGAUCAUCGGUGAAUAUGCAAGUAAAAUCGACAACGCAGAUGAACUGCUUGGAAUCUUCGUCGAUUCAUUCACUGAAGAGGCAUAUCCUGUCCAAUUACAGACCCUCACGGCUGUGGUCAAAUUGUACAUGAAGAAACCGGACAGCUCUCAAGCGCUGGUACAGCGUGUCCUUGAUACAGCAACGAAAGAAUGCGAUUCGCCUGAUGUCCGCGAUAGGGCAUACAUCUACUGGAGGUUGUUAUCGACCGACCCUGCCGCUGCAAAAUCUGUAAUUUUAGCCAAUAGACCACCCAUUUCGCUUUCACGAAUAACUGUAUCACCAGCAUUACUGGAGGAGCUACUGAAUGAGAUAUCGAGUCUUGCUAGUGUAUACCAUAAACCUCCAGAGACCUUCAUCGGGCAAGGACGCUUUGGCGCGGAGGCAAUGCAGAAGUUGGCUGCCGAACGAGGAACGGAGGACGAAUUCUCAACCCGGAAGGCUCUUCAAACCGUCGCUGCAGGUCAAAAGGCGGAAAAUCUCCUCGAUUUCGACGACGUCUCCGGGGAAGAUGGUCAACCAUCCGGUCUUGCGGCAACAACGUUAACCUCAACGCCCGCAGCCGCGAAUCUGCUAGCCGGGACAUCGAGCAAUCCACUGGACGACCUUGUGUCGAUAUUCAGUGGCACGAAUAUCGGGUCGAAUGGUGGUGGUGGAAUGACAAACGGCACUCAAUUCAACGGGAUUACAUCGCCAGUGCAAUCUUCACCUGCACCUGCGCUUGGAUUUAGUACUCCAACACCGUCUGGUGUUGCGUCGCCUCCGCAAGAGCAGAAGCCGCAGGACGACUUACUGGGAUUAUUUUAG